CAUUUCGAUUUUCCCUCGCCUAAAUUCAUGUAACAAAAUUUUAGAUUUUUACCUCCUUUUCUGAACACAUAAGCAAAGUCUGCCCGACUCUUGGCCAAUCCCCGCGAGUGGGUAAGCGCCAAACUCAUCCAGGACAUCAUCAUCAUCAUUGUCGUUCCUGCCAGCAUAUAGCAAGCAUCUGCGUCUACGUUCGCCCGAAAGAUCGACCACGGAUGCAGAAAUCAACGAAAGAUGACGUUGGCCGCAGACCGACAGGCUCGGCGAGUAAAGUUUCAGCCGACACAGUCGCCCCGCCUCUCCAGGCCCCGAGCGGGUCUUCCAACGUUGGCCGAGCAACGACCGAUCAUUCAGCUCCCACCGCCACGGCCGUUGCAGGACGCUCUCGGCGGCGUCGAAACAAGUCAUCGUCCACUUCUUCGUCCGUCUCGCAAGCCAACAUCGCCGUCCACCCGAAGAAGCCGAAGCGCUCUUCGAGAAGCUCCCGGACCCCGUCCUCGCGCUCAGAAACAGCUGAACCUGUGGCGCUUACCCUAGGGGGCCAGUCGUCUACCACAGCGUCUGCUUCAUCCCGGCCGGAGGACGAGCCAACGCCGUCAUCUAAGAACGCCCACCGGGCCACCAGCCGCAGUGGCCAUCCUUGCACAGACGAGCUUACGCGCGAAGACCGCCCAGGUGAAGCACCCAGUGUAGGAGGCUCCCGAUCGCUGAGGGCGACGCGAGGACAGGUCGUCUAUGACUCACGUCCAGCCGAGACCGGUCCCAAGUGUUCUGCAGGGAAGUCAAGCCUGCCGGGGACUAAUGCUGGCAGCGAGCCGUGCGCCCGACAGGCACCGGAGGGAGUCGGGGCUGCUUUUCCGUCAAUGCUGCAACACCAGCAUUCCGCAAUGAACCGGGAUUCCAACCUGGAAGACGGGCGCGUCACGCAUCGACCCGAUACGGCGGUUCCUGGACCAGCAGGGGCCCCUGAGAUAACUCGCGGAAGCUUAUCCACGAUGGAUAGCCGGUUGAAGUUCCAGACUGACCUUGGCAACGGGACUGGCGCGACAGGAUUGACUCCCAGCAUCCUGGAACUCCGUAAACUGGAAAAGCCUGCCUCGGAGAAGCAGUCACUGUGGCGAAGCCUACACGCAAUUGUCCAAAAAUCACCACUGUAUCGCGAGACGUGCGUAUCUGUGGUGAUGCUAGGUACAGCUGCGGGAAGUCUCCUUCUGGGCUUACUCAUAGUCGCAAUCUUCUUCUAUAGAGCUAAUCCGAGCGUAGUCAACGUCUGUGGAAAUAACGACUGUGUCGAUCACGUUGCGACCCUCGGUUUGACACGAAACGACAUCUCUGGUCCUUGCGAAAAUUUUGGCCGAUUUGUAUGUUCCGGAAUAAAGAACAGGUACGGCUCAUUGGCCGGAAGCGUUGUAUCGCAAAGGGUACUGGACUAUACAGCCAAAGUUGUCAUGCAACACGUGAAAAAUUCAGUCUUCAGCAGGCCAUCCGAACUAAUCCGAAGAUGUCUCGAUCCAAACAGUCGUAACGACGUCAUGUUGAGAGCUCUCGGAGACUUUUUACGAGACAAAAGCUUCGCCUGGCCGACCGAUGAUGAUACCGGCGCUUUCCCCGACGCCGACUCACGAAAUUAUUCGCAUCCACUGAAAAUAUUGCUCGAUCUCACAAUGACCUGGGCGAUGCCAAUCUGGUUCCACUGCGACCUCCUCGUUCGACGUGACAGCAAUGACCGGGCAUUUAGACUUAGUCCGUCUAUUGUGGGAUAUGCGGCUAAAAAGUUUCAAGAGAUCGUGGCGAGUUCCGACUUAUACUUUACCUACGUUGAGGUCACAGCAAGCAUAAUUUUCCCGUUUCGAAAGCCAACACCUGCAUUUGCUUCUUUUGUACGGCGCAGUAAAACCAUCCAGGAACAAAUCUACAACAACUUGUCAUUUGUUUUCACGAGUUCCAUUUACGAGCCCAAAAAAGUUCCAUUGAGAGAUAUGCCUUCGUUCGUGCAGCAGCUCUCGUUCGACGACUGGCAGAGGGUGCUGCAACAAGUGUACAAUGUGCGUCCCCCAAUCAGCCGCGAUGACGUAGUGUUUGUGACGAACCAUCGGCUACUGGUCACCAUGUGCACGCUCUUCAAAGCCUACACUCCGCAAGAGAUCGCGUUCCACAGCGUGUGGUGGUUUGCUCAGAUAGCGUGUAUCCUCACGAGCAGUGUCCUGUUCAAUGCAAUCAGCACAGUUCAGCACGGAGGUCACGUGUAUUCCACAUACUGCGCCAUUGUCGGAAGGAACUUGUACAACGUUUGGCUGGCGGCUGCGUCUAAGACUGAUACGUCUAUCCGAGAUCAGGUGAGAAUAGAGAAGUGCUUAGAAAACGUAAGGACUGCUGCUGUUGAAAAACUUGACGGUAUCGCGAGGAUCGAGAACUUGCCAAACGACGCAAUCCAGACCAUAUUCACGCAGACGGAAACUAUCGUCUGGCCCAAUGGCAGUUUGGCAAGCCCGGAAGGCUUGCAACGUCACUACGGUCCAGUGCAUAAUGGCUCCGACGGAUUCCUUGGCGAAAUUGUUGCAACAGCGCGUUUCCAGCAGCGCUUCAUCGGAACCUAUGAAGGCAGUGUGGCUGCGAAGAUAUUUGUUCCUGCGAGUUCACGCCUGACUUACUACGAUCCCGCACAGAACGUCAUAUCUGUGGCGACAGACCUGCUCGGACCGCCAUUCUACUAUUCUAGUGGCACCAGCGCCAUGAUAUACGGCGGGCUCGGCUUUCAUUACGCCGUGGAGGUUGUGAUUGCGCUAAACAGCAUGAGUGUUUUAAUCCGCAACAACCUCACUUCGACCCCGACCCAGUCGUUAAAUGCGAGCCUCUGGGUCCCGUCGACGUGCGAUAAUCAUGAUUUACUUUUUCCGGAGCUCCCAGCGCUUGCCUUGGCCCACGCGGCGUACCUACGCUUUCGUGAUGUGGACUCGGACCUCCCUCUGAAAGGCUUGAGCUACAGCCCGGAACAGAUCUUUUUCAUUACCUUUUGCCACUCGACGUGUUGGUUCUACCCGAACAAUACCAAUUUUUCUCCCACCUGCAAUGAAGUGGUCAAGAACUUUGCGCCAUUUUCGAGAGCAUUUUCCUGCCCAGAGGGUUCAGAAAUGAAGGCUGCAACGAAGUGCCAAUAUCUAUAGUACGUUUACGUUGUAUUAUUUAUAUACAGUUUUUUGUAGUAAAUCCGUCUCCGUCGCCAAACGUUGCAGUCAGCCAUUGACACCUCGACGGAUAUCGCCUGCAUAGCCAGGAAUUUUGGGCAUUGCCCUUCAGACUUUGUGUCAAACUUCACUGCAGGGCACCAGCUUAUCUCAAUGGGCAGCAUUUCUUAAAAUGAUAUGUCGAAAAGCUACCCGAAUUUGGAUAACUUUCAGUUAGCAACGUCGAGAGAGCAAGGCUGAAACGUUACGAACAGGCGACUGCUGGAGACAACAGGAACCAUGGUGGCUGUGUUCUGUGCAAAACU